AAACGGCCAGGGGUUGCCACGGUAACGGACAGACUUUCCCAGCAUCUCUAUGGUUUUACUGGUUGGAGGACCGACUGGAACGGAAACUGGCUUGCUCUCCCUUUAACUCUAUGGUUUUAACGGCUGGAGGACCGAGCAGAGAGCAGGGUGAGAGUCUGACUGUAAAUAUUAUAUAAUAAUAAUAAUAAAAUAAUAAUAAAUGUAAUGUAAUAAUAAUAAAUAUAAUAUAAUAAUAAUAAACUGAUUAUAACAUGGGGUGAGAUAUAAUAUAAACUGAUUAUAACAUGGGGUGAGAUAUAAUAUAAACUGAUUAUAACAUGGGGAGAGAUAUAAUAUAAUAAUAUAAACUGAUUAUAACAUGGGGUGAGAUAUAAUAUAAACUGAUUAUAACAUGGGGAGAAAUAUAAUAUAAACUGAUUAUAACAUGGGGUGAGAUAUAAUAUAAACUGAUUAUAACAUGGGGAGAGAUAUAAUAUAAUAAUAUUAACUGAUUAUAACAUGGGGUGAGAUAUAAUAUAAACUGAUUAUAACAUGGGGUGAGAUAUAAUAAUAAACUGAUUAUAACAUGGGGAGAGAUAUAAUAUAAUAAUAUAAACUGAUUAUAACAUGGGGUGAGAUAUAAUAUAAACUGAUUAUAACAUGGGGAGAAAUAUAAUAUAAACUGAUUAUAACAUGGGGUGAAAUAUAAUAUAAACUGAUUAUAACAUGGGGUGAGAUAUAAUAUAAACUGAUUAUAACAUGGGGAGAGAUAUAAUAUAAUAAUAUUAACUGAUUAUAACAUGGGGUGAGAUAUAAUAUAAACUGAUUAUAACAUGGGGUGAGAUAUAAUAUAAACUGAUUAUAACAUGGGGAGAGAUAUAAUAUAAUAAUAUUAACUGAUUAUAACAUGGGGUGAGAUAUAAUAAUAUAAACUGAUUAUAACAUGGGGCGAGAUAUAAUAUAAACUGAUUAUAACAUGGGGUGAGAUAUAAUAUAAUAAUAUAAACUGAUUAUAACAUGGGGUGAGAUAUAAUAUAAUAAUAUAAACUGAUUAUAACAUGGGGUGAGAUAUAAUAUAAUAAUAUAAACUGAUUAUAACAUGGGGUGAGAUGAUUAUAACAUGGGGUGAGAUAUAAUAAUAAUACUGAUUAUAACAUGGGGUGAGAGAUAUAAUAUAAUAAUAUAAACUGAUUAUAACAUGGGGUGAGAUAUAAUAUAAACUGAUUAUAACAUGGGGAGAGAUAUAAUAUAAACUGAUUAUAACAUGGGGUGAGAUAUAAUAUAAUAAUAUAAACUGAUUAUAACAUGGGGUGAGAUAUAAUAUAAACUGAUUAUAACAUGGGGAGAGAUAUAAUAUAAUAAUAUAAACUGAUUAUAACAUGGGGUGAGAUAUAAUAUAAUAAACUGAAUUAUAACAUGGGGAAUAUAAUAUAAUAGAGAUAUAAUAUAAUAUAAGCUGAUUAUAACAUGGGGAGAGAUUAUAACAUGAUAUAAUAUAUAUUAAACUGAGUUAUAACAUGGGGUGAGUGAUAUAAUAUAUAACUGAUUAUAACAUGGGGCGAGAUAUAAUAUAAACUGAUUAUAACAUGGGGUGAGAUAUAAUAUAAUAAUAUAAACUGAUUAUAACAUGGGGUGAGAUAUAAUAUAAUAAUAUAAACUGAUUAUAACAUGGGGUGAGAUAUAAUAUAAUAAUAUAAACUGAUUAUAACAUGGGGUGAGAUAUUAUAAUAAUAUAAACUGAUUAUAACAUGGGGUGAGAUAUAAUAUAAUAAUAUAAACUGAUUAUAACAUGAGGGUGAGUAUAAUAUAAUAAUAUAAACUGAUUAUAACAUGGGGAGAGAUAUAAUAUAAUAAUAUAAACUGAUUAUAACAUGGGGUGAGAUAUAAUAUAAACUGAUUAUAACAUGGGGAGAGAUAUAAUAUAAUAAUAUAAACUGAUUAUAACAUGGGGUGAGAUAUAAUAAUAAUAUAAACUGAUUAUAACAUGGGGAGAGAUAUAAUAUAAACUGAUUAUAACAUGGGGUGAGAUAUAUAUAUAAUACUGAUUAUAACAUGGGGAGAGAUAUAAUAUAAACUGAUUAUAACAUAUAAACUGAUUAUAACAUGGGGAGAGAUAUAAUAUAAACUGAUUAUAACAUGGGGUGAGAGGGGUGAGAUAUAAUAUAAACUGAUUAUAACAUGGGGUGAGAUAUAAUAUAAUAAUAUAAACUGAUUAUAACAUGGGUGAGAUAUAAUAUAAUAAUAUAAACUGAUUAUAACAUGGGGUGAGAUAUUAUAUAAACUGAUUAUAACAUGGGGUGAGAUAUUAUAUAAACUGAUUAUAACAUGGGGAGAGAUAUAAUAUAAACUGAUUAUAACAUGGGGUGAGAUAUAAUAUAAUAAUAUAAACUGAUUAUAACAUGGGGUGAGAUAUUAUAUAAACUGAUUAUAACAUGGGGUGAGAUAUAAUAUAAACUGAUUAUAACAUGGGGUGAGAUAUAAUAUAAACGGAUUAUAACAUGGGGUGAGAUAUAAUAUAAUAUAAUAAUAUAAACUGAUUAUAACAUGGGGUGAGAUAUAAUAUAAUAAUAUAAACUGAUUAUAACAUGGGGUGAGAUAUAAUAUAAUAAUAUAAACUGAUUAUAACAUGGGGUGAGAUAUACUAUAAUAAUAUAAACUGAUUAUAACAUGGGGUGAGAUAUACUAUAAUAAUAUAAACUGAUUAUAACAUGGGGUGAGAUAUACUAUAAUAAUAUAAACUGAUUAUAACAUGGGGAGAGAUAUAAUAUAAUAAUAUAAACUGAUUAUAACAUGGGGAGAGAUAUAAUAUAAACUGAUUAUAACAUGGGGAGAGAUAUAAUAUAAUAUAAUAAUAUAAACUGAUUAUAACAUGGGGUGAGAUAUAAUAUAAUAAUAUAAACUGAUUAUAACAUGGGGAGAGAUAUAAUAUAAUCAUAUAAACUGAUUAUAACAUGGGGAGAGAUAUAAUAUAAUAAUAUAAACUGAUUAUAACAUGGGGAGAGAUAUAAUAAUAUAAACUGAUUAUAACAUGGGGAGAGAUAUAAUAUAAUAAUAUAAACUGAUUAUAACAUGGGGUGAGAUAUAAUAAUAUAAACUGAUUAUAACAUGGGGUGAGAUAUAAUAUAAUAAUAUAAACUGAUUAUAACAUGGGGUGAGAUAUAAUAUAAACUGAUUAUAACAUGGGGAGAGAUAUAAUAUAAUAAUAUAAACUGAUUAUAACAUGGGGAGAGAUAUAAUAAUAUAAACUGAUUAUAACAUGGGGAGAGAUAUAAUAUAAUAAUAUAAACUGAUUAUAACAUGGGGAGAGAUAUAAUAACAUAAACUGAUUAUAACAUGGGGUGAGAUAUAAUAUAAUAAUAUAAACUGAUUAUAACAUGGGGAGAGAUAUAAUAUAAUAAUAUAAACUGAUUAUAACAUGGGGAGAGAUAUAAUAUAAACUGAUUAUAACAUGGGGAGAGAUAUAAUAUAAUAAUAUAAACUGAUUAUAACAUGGGGAGAGAUAUAAUAUAAACUGAUUAUAACAUGGGGAGAGAUAUAUAAUAAUAUAAACUGAUUAUAACAUGGGGAGAUAUAUAAUAAUAUAAACUGAUUAUAACAUGGGGAGAGAUAUAAUAUAAUAAUAUAAACUGAUUAUAACAUGGGGUGAGAUAUAAUAUAAUAAUAUAAACUGAUUAUAACAUGUGGUGAGAUAUAAUAUAAUAAUAUAAACUGAUUAUAACAUGGGGAGAGAUAUAAUAUAAACUGAUUAUAACAUGGGGAGAGAUAUAAUAUAAUAAUAUAAACUGAUUAUAACAUGGGGUGAGAUAUAAUAUAAACUGAUUAUAACAUCUCACUCCAUGUUAUAAUCCGUUUAUAUUACAUUACUGUAGCGGAAUAGACACCAGCUACGUUUAUUCCCUUAUUUGGCUGGCGUACCCCCCUGUUACAGUACUGUGUCUUUUCCCCUAUUCUUUCGAGUGGUUACUCUUUGGCCGUUCGGGAGAUUUCAUCCAAACAGGAUCCAUUCGUCUCACGAACGAGGACCAGCUCUGUGCCCCAUUAGAACGUUGACACCAGCCCCUUAAGUGUGAAAACUGCAAGGGAAACAAUAAAUGAGUGCUUCCCCUGGGUUGCCGGCAUUUAGUAUAUAACCGAACACGUGGCAGAGAGAAUGGCGGCGAUCUUGUCUCCCGAAUGAGGGCAGCGUUACUUGGUCGUCGAGUGCCUGGAAUUCUUUUUGGCCAGGCACUCGUGCGAACAUCGGUAAACUUUCGACCGCUGCCCGUUCCUGUUCCCAACCACCUACACGAACGGCGUUCGGGAGAUUUGUAUUACCGAACAGGGGGAGCAUUCGUAUCCUGAAUGCUAUAGAUUCCCUUGUAUGGUUUUCGCACAGGAACCUCACGAACAGAGACCGGCCAGGACACCUAUUUCUCUAGAACUAUUUUGGGCUAGCGCCUCGUGUCUGGUCGGUCAAAACCUCAUUACGAUGGCAUUCCCAUUCUGCUGAACUGAUCUGAGUGAUUCUUGGAUAUGUUGGUCACUCAGAUCAGGGCUAUCGGGGAAUGUACUGUUUGUGGGGUUUCUAUGUAUGGUUGGGGUACAGGAUAUUUUGUGGAUUUUCUGUGCCUGAGAGAUAAUUAAAUUACAGGAGUUUACUCAGGCAAUUAGCUCUCAGGCACAGAGGAUCUUGGGAUUGAAACCCCUGCAUUUUCUGCUUGUGAAACCCCUUGCAUGCUACUGGGCAUAAAAGCCGUGUAUAUGUCAAUAAAAUUCAGAUAUACCCCCAGAGCUGUGUGUUGCCCAGUUGCUGGGGAGGAGGUGGGAUAUUCUUGGAUUAUUUUACUGUGCCUAGUAGAGUCCCUGCUAGGACUAUGGCUCCGCUACAAUUACCCCAUGUUAUGAGUUUAUAUUAUAGUUUAUCUCACCCCAUGUUAUAAUCAGUUUAUAUUAUAGUUUAUCUCACCCCCAUAUAUAAACUAUAAUAUAAACAUUACAAUAUAUAAACUCAUUACAACAUGAGGUAAUGUAAUAUAAACGUAUUAUAAUAUAUUGGGGAAUUUAAUAUAAACCCAUUAUAACAUGGGGUAAUGUGAUAUAAACUCAUAACAUGGGAUAAUAAUAAUGGGAUUGGGGCAGAUUGGAAGAGGUCACCAGUAAUAUUAAUCUCUGCAUUGUGGGGAGGGAAAGAAGUGGGGUUAUUGGGGACUCGUGUUUCUGCCAGUUUAGGCUUGUGAGGAUUGUGGUAAUUAUUACUGUUUUAUUUUUAUGCCUUUAUAUUGUCACUUUACAGUUUUGCCUAAUGCUUAUAAUGCCAAUUGUUGGUCUAUUAACCCCUUCAGGACGGUUCAGGACUGUCCUCGGCAUUUUUGCGUUGUCGACCGAGGACGGUCCUGAACCGUCCUAAUGGAAAACGGGCGGCGGGAGCGAUCGGAGAUCACUUCAGCCAAAAUCCUGUUGUUACUAUCUGCCCGGCAUCCCAGACAGAUAGUAACAGCCAAUUGCGGCAUGUGAGCGAUCCGCGUUUAGAGCCGCUUAGAAUAGGGCGUAAUAGUCCGCCCUCCGGUUUUAAGGGGUUAAAGUAUUUGCAUAGCUUUCUUUGUUGUUUCUAGUGUGCAUUCUCUUUGAUAUCAUUUAUGGUUGUUUGGUACUUGAAGGAGUAACUGUGAGUAAUAGCACCAAGUGGUAUAUUUUUUUCUAUAUAUUCUCUCCAUUCGGUGUUAUUGUGAUUGUAAUGUAAACUCAUUAUAAUAUAUAGAAACUUAUUAUAACAUAGGGGAAUGUAGUAUAAAUUCAUUAUAACAUGGGGUAAUGUUACCAUUAUAACAUGGGGUAAUGUGAUAUAAACUCAUAAUAUAUAGAAACUUAUUAUAACAUAGGGGAAUGUAAUAUAAAUUCAUUAUAACAUGGGGUAAUGUUACCAUUAUAACAUGGGGUAAUGUGAUAUAAACUCAUAAUAUAUAGAAACUUAUUAUAACAUGGGGUAAUGUGAUGUAAACUUAUACUAAAGAGACAUAUAUAACAUAGAAAAUCAUUAUAACAUAUGGGAAUUUAAUAUAAACUCAUAACAUGGGAUUGGAGCAGAUUGGAAGAGAUCACCAGUAAUAUUAAUCUCCGCAUUGGGGGGAGGGACAGAAACUUUAAAAGAAUUACAGGGGCGGCCAGGAGUCCCUCUAACAUUGGACGUACAGGUUUGGCUGCUUUGAGCUUGUGGUCACCGAAUUUGUGUUUUGUUGGUAUUCUGUUUAGCACAUUGACCUUUUCUUUCUUCCCAGAUGUCCCAGGACAGACCGUACAUUGCCAGAAUGUAUGAGGAAGACGGAGCACUUGUCCCUGCCUCUUCUGCCCCGCAGCCCUUCACUGUGGGCCCAGAUUUAAUGGCCCCUCACCCACUACUAGACAUUUCAAUAACGCCUGACAAAGGAGGAGGAAUCCUGCGGAGAGAAAGCUCCCAUCGCAGACACAGCAGGAGGCAGGUAAUCAUAAUGAGUGGGUAUCCCUUAAAGGGACACGACAGCCUGCAGAUCACCUGGUUUCAAUUUAUUACAAUACAGACACCUGGUGGUAACUUACUGCUCAAGCAGAGACAAAAAUCUAAACACAGAUAGGAGCCCACCAAUUGUAUUUUUAUUUUAAUGGAGUCUCUAGUGUGCUGUUGAAAUGAGGAAGUCUGUGAAAUCAGGCACGGCACUCCCAUUAUGGGAAAUUAGGCUGUGAAUUUCUGAAAUAAGUAACUAUGGUUGAAAGAGACUUGUUCCCCUUGUUUCAAGGUGCGCUUUGAUGUCAGCAAUCAAUCCAAAAACAGGACAAAUGUCCAGAUAGCUGAGAGGCCAUCUCUGGGGCCCCUGGAGUUACCCAGAAUGCAUAGCACAGAAGCCCUGAAGCAGGAGGUGGAGAGAGAAUCUGAACAGGAGUUUGAUGCAGAGAGCGCGUUGCGCAAUCAGCUGGGCCGGUCAUUCAAAGCGAGGCGCAGUGUGGACAGCAAGGCGGCCAAAGGUGAGCACAGGACAAAUUUAAUGACGUUGUAACUAAAGGUAUUCCAUGUUCUGAUGACGUUUUCCUCUCUUGGCAGCUCUCAAUGUGUGUCGCGUGCAGAAUCUUUAUCAAGGCCUGGUCAGUGUAGAACCUCCUGCAGAACAAAUACAAAGACUGACUGAGAAGCCAAGGAAAGCAGAGCUUAAACAUGUGAGUACCAGAACUUCAGCUCCUAUUACUAACUGCUAACAAAGAUCUCCACCACUUCAACACUCUCCCCAGGUGCUGCAGAGCUCUAUCCUUUACAGCCCACCCUAGAGUGCCAUCUGCCGUCUCCUGCUCACAGAGAUCAGAUGCAGCGCGGGGACCUGGUGGGAGCCAUUUAAAUGUUAAACUAUGCUACAACGGUUUGACAGGUUACGCCGGACUCCUGCCACCAUAAUCACUAGAGCAGGCUGUAGUUGUUAUGGUGCUUUGUGUGUUCCUUUAACCCUCUGCCCAGUCGAUGAUGAACUCCACCAUCAUAAAACUGGCAUUUAGAUACAUCCUAACCAGUGGUAAAAUAGUAUAAUACUGUAUAUGAUCUAACCCUCUCUGUAUUGCCGUGUUUCCUCUAAUCACUGCUAUGUUAUACUAUUUACAGUGAGGGGAAAAAGUAUUUUCAAACAUUUGUCCACUGACAAAGAAAUGAUGCGUCUAUAAUUUUAAUGGUAGGUGUAUCUUAACAGCAUGUCAUUGAGUGCUCGUUACCUGGAUAAAAGACACCUGUCCACAGAAGCAGUCAAUCAGAUUCCAAACUCUCCACCAUGGCCUGUCCAAGGAUGUCAGGGUCAAGAUUGUAGACCUACACAACGCUGGAAUUGGCUACAAGACCAUCGCCAAGCAGUGUCGUGAGAAGGUGACGACAGUUUGUGCGAUUAUUCGCAAAUGGAAGAAACACAAAAUAACUGUCAGUCUCCCUCGGUUUGGUGCUCCAUGCAAAAUCUCACCUUGUGGAGUUUCAAUGAUCAUGAGAACGAUGAGGAAUCAGCCCAGAGCUACACGGGAGGAUCUUGUUAAUGACCUCAAGGCAGAUGGGACCAUAGUCACCAAGUAAACAAUUGGUAACACACUACUCGAAUCGUAGGACUGAAAUCCUGCAGAGCCCGCAAGGUCCCCCUGCUCAAGAAAGCACAAGUACAGGCCCGUCUGAAGUUUGCCAAUGAACAUCUGAAUGAUUCCGAGGAGAACUGGGUGAAAGUGUUGUGGUGAGAUGAGACCAUAAUCGAGCUCUUUGGCAUCAACUCAACUCGCCAUGUUUGGAGGAGGAGAAAUGUUGCCCAUGACCCCAAGAACACCAUCCCCACUGUCAAACAUGGAGGUGGAAAAAUUAUGCUUUGGGGGUAUUUUUCUGCUAAGGGGACAGGACAACUGCACCGCAUCAAAGUGACGAUGGACGGGGCCAUGUACCAUCAAAUCUUGGGUGAGAACCUCCUUCCCUCGGCCAGGGCAUUGAAAAUGGGUCGUGGGUGGGUAUUCCAGCAUGAAAAUGGCCCAAAACACAACCAAAGCAACAAAGGAGUGGCUUAAGAAGAAGCACAUUAAGGUCCUGGAAUGGCCUAGCCAGUCUCCAGACCUUAUUCACAUAGAAAAUCUGUGGACGGAGAUGAAGGUUCGAGUUGCCAAGCAUCAAGAAACAUCUGACCUCUGUGAUUGCCAACAAGGGUUUUGCCACCGAGUACUAAGUCAAAGGGGUCAGAUACUUAUUUCACUCAUUGACAUGCAAAUCAAUUUAUAACUUUUUGACAUGCGUUUUUCUGGAAUUUUUUUUUUUUUUGUUAUUCUGUCUCUCGCUGUUUAAAAUACAUCUACCAUUAAAAUUAUAGACUAAUCAUUUCUUUGUCAUUGGACAAACGUUCAAAAUCAGCAGGGGAUCAAGUACCUUCCUUCCCUGUAUCUGUCUGUAUUGCCAUGUUUCCUCUAAUCACUGUUAUACUAUAUACCUUCCUUCCCUCUAUCUGUCUGUAUUGCCAUGUUCCCUCUAAUCACUGUUAUACUAUAUACCUUUCUUCCCUCUAUCUGUCUGUAUUGAUGUGUUCUAUCAUUCCAGGUCACUCCUAUGGAAGGCCCAGAUCUGUUUGCCUUCUACAAGCCCAGUGAAUGUCACACUGAAACUCCUUACCUCAAUGUGGAUGGACUACCUGCGCUCACUGCUCUCCCCCAUUCAAGGCCUCCACGGUGCUCUUUUGAUAUGGUUUACAAGCUGGGAGAAUGGGCAUCCUAGCUGCUAUCACUGGAUCACAGAGCUAGCACUCAUAGCGACAUUGUAACUUUACUCUAGACUUUUCAAUUAAAGAUUAUUUAACCUGCAUCAUAGCGUGUACAUUGCACGGCAUCAUGUACAUUAACAUGGAAUGCUAUAGCUGGGCAGUAUUGUGUAACGUGUACAGUGUCAUAGAAUGAUGUAGUUGGGCGGUAACGUGUACAAUGUCAUAGAAUGCUAUAGCUGGGCAGUAACGUGUACAAUGUCAUGGGAUGCUAUAGCUGGGCAGUAACGUGUACAAUGUCAUGGGAUGCUAUAGCUGGGCAGUAACGUGUACAAUGUCAUGGGAUGCUAUAGCUGGGCGGUAACGUGUACAAUGUCAUAGAAUGCUAUAGCUGGGCAGUAACGUGUACAAUGUCAUGGGAUGCUAUAGCUGGGCGGUAACUUGUACAAUGCCAUAGAAUUCGCAGUAGGGUCAUUCUUACAGCUGUAGCAGGAUUUCUGGUUUGGGACCAGUGAAUCACCUCAGCCCUCGCAUCACGCCCAAAAUUCUGGUUCUUGCUUUCAAAUCUCUACAUAAUGCUGCUCCCACCUAUCUGUCCUCCCUUAUACACAAGUAUGUCCCGUCUAGGCCCUUACGAUCUGCUGAAGACUUACGUCUGUCUUCUGCCCGUACUCCCACCUCUGAUGCUCGCCUUCAAGAUUUCUCGAGAGCUGCACCGUUCCUGUGGAACUCACUUCCCUCCUCCAUUAGAUGCUCACCCAGUCUCCACUCCUUCAAAAAAUCGUUAAAAACCCACUUCUUCAUAAAAGCGUAUCAAUUAACCCCUUAAGGACGCAUGACAUGUGUGACAUGUCAUGAUUCCCUUUUAUUCCAGAAGUUUGGUCCUUAAGGGGUUAAACUGUUAAUAGCUCCUGACUGAUUCCUCUUCUGCAACUGUCACUAGUCUAAUACAAUCCUUACCUUUAUGUGUCACUUUACCCCAUUCCCUCUAGCAUGUAAGCUCAUUGAGCAGGGCCCUCAACCCCUCUGUUCCUGUGUGUCCAACUUGUCUGGUUACAACUACAUGUCUGUUCGUCCACCCAUUGUAAAGCGCUGCGGAAUUUGACGCCGCUCUAUAAAUAUCAUAAUAAUAAUAAUAACAUGAAGUCCUGGGGUGUGACUUACUGGUUACUGAUUGUCAUAUGAAUUUAACCCACUUGUGAGAAUGAUUAACUGAAAAUAUUCCUUUUGGGGUGAAAUUAUGAAUUUUAUUUUUUUACUUUUAAUUUAUUCAUUUUAUAAGACAUGUAUAAGAUCUGUAAAAG